AUGGUACGAGCCAACCAAGUUAAAUUGGUGAUGGAAAUCAUCGACAACAUGUUGCACGACACAUCCAAACCAUGGACGGAUUUGUUCGGACGUGUGGAAACGCGGACCGGCGUACCCAGGCUGAAACUACUGAUAGGAUUUCUGCUGACCACUUCGGUCAUCCUCCUCGUGUUUGGGACUAACUACGCUUUGGUGUUGAGCAACGCGAUCGGAUUGAUUUACCCCGCAAAGGCGACGGUGUCACUAAUGAUUUGGCCUCCGAAGUGGCAGAAUUACACUCCCGCCGCCGCCGCUGCCGAAGCACAAAACAAAAAGUUCACGUACUGGCUUACGUUCUGCGCGGUCUUGAUCGUAGAGCAGUUCUGCGGAUUCGUCUUAUUUCUAUUUCCGUGGUACUUACUGUUGAGAACAUUUUUUUUGAUAUGGUGUUCCACACCAAUCCGACACAACGGUGUGGCUUUCAUAAACGCCAAGGUCAUAUAUAAAAUCUUCGAGCCAACACGUAGGCCUCACGUCAAUAUUAACUGUUCCGAUAUUCAAAACUUGACGCAGGCCCGCCAGUUAUUUCGGCGAUCGUGUCUGCCACCUCAGCGAUCACCUCAGAUGACAUCUUGGAGGUCGGCACUUCGGAAAUGA